AGUUCUCACCCGGAAGUGUGUGCUUGUUUUUGUUUUGAGAGAAGCGAGUACUGUGCGCAGAUGGAUCCGAGGGAAACUACAGUCUAGAGCACCACCAUCCUCAUGAUGAACUUCGAGGGAUUGGAACCGGGUCUGGGCGAGUACGCGCCCAGUCUGCAUGGCAGCAUGGAGCCUGGUCUGAACUCAUCCCUGGACCGGCGGCUCGACCCGGCGCUGCUGCAGGGUGUAGAGCUCAACCCCGACUCGCUGGCCGUCCCCGUGUCUGAGUCCAUGCACAUACUGGAGGGCAUGUACUCGGAGCUUCACAGUGUGGCCGCGGAAGUCGGCAUCCCCGUGACAGCUGCGCACUUCGACCUGCAGGAAGAGCUGUUGUGGAUGGGGAAUCACCGGGGACACGCAAGUUCCUUCUUUGGUCCGACGAUGGGACGGUAUUCCUCUUUCCAGGUGCAUAUGGCUGAUGACAUUCGCCAUAUACAGAGUAUGGACACGGGGGUACUGUUUCUGACCAAAAACAACCUCAAAUGCCUCACACGUGGAGGAUUCCUUAUGUUUGAUUAUCCGAUGGAGGAGGGUGCAGAUAUGCAUAGCUUGCUUCUGACCGAUAAUAACACAUUGGUAAUGGGAGGUCUGCAGAACUAUGUGGCUGAACUGGACCUCGCUACGGUGCAGGAAACACAAAAAUUUACUGUUGAGGUGCCUGGAGUCGCCAUCAUGAGACAGUCCAAUCGCUUCUUCUUUUGCGGUCACACCUCUGGCAAGGUGUCAUUGCGUGAUCUCCGCACAUUUAAAAUGGAACACGAGUUUGACGCUUUCUCCGGCAGCCUGUCUGAUUUUGAUGUACAUGGUAACCUGUUGGCAGCCUGUGGCUUCUCGAGUUGCGGCCUAAAUGGACUGUCGUGUGACCGGUUCCUUAUGGUGUAUGACCUGCGCAUGAUGAGAGCAAUCACCCCAUUGCAGGUCCAUGUGGACCCCCUUUUCCUCCGCUUUAUCCCAACAUACACCUCACGCCUGGCUAUCAUUUCACAAACAGGUCAGUGUCAGUUUUGCGAGCCCACAGGCCUGGCUAGUGUGGCUGACAUAUUCCACGUGAACACAGUGGGGCAGCUCCUGAUGAGCUUUGAUGUGUCAUCCAGCAAACAGGCACUCUCUUUUGGGGACUCAGGUGGCUGUAUGCACCUGUGGUCCAGCACUCCAGAGGUGUCCUUUAACAGUUACUCCAGAGAGACCGAGUUAGUCCUGCCCUGUCUUGUGGACUCACUACCCCAGCUGGAUUGGAACCAUGAGCUGAUGCCUCUGUCUCUUCUGCCCAUGCCUCUCACUAGUACUGAGCCCCUGCUCUCUGAUUGGCCCACGUCCCAUAUUGCGCCCAGCCCCAGGAAUAGUUCACCCAAAAAUGAAAAGUCUCUCAUUGUUUACUCACCCUCAUGGUACUCCAGACGAGCUCCUCCUGUAGAUCCAGAGAUUCUUAGGACUAUGAAAACUGUGGGAUUUAUUGGAUAUGCCCCCAAUCCUAGAACCCGUCCAAGAAACCAGGUUCCUUAUAAGAUAAAAGAUGUAGAGCUCGAAUAUGACAGCUAUAAUCAAGUCUCAGAGUCUCCCAAUGGUCGAGAUGAGGAGCCCCAUCUUUACAUGGUUCCAAAGAAGUACAGAAAGGUGACCAUUAAAUAUUCCAAACUGGGACUGGAAGACUUUGACUUCAAGCACUAUAACAGGACUCUCUUUGCUGGUCUGGAGCCUCACAUACCUAACGCCUACUGUAACUGCAUGAUCCAGGUGUUGUAUUUCCUGGAGCCAAUCAGGUGCAUGGUACAGAAUCACUUGUGUCAGAAGGAGUUCUGUCUGGCCUGUGAGCUAGGCUUUCUCUUUCACAUGCUGGAUCUGAGUAGAGGAGACCCCUGCCAGGCCAGUAAUUUUCUCCGGGCUUUCCGGACAAUCCCAGAGGCAUCGGCGCUGGGUUUGAUCCUAGCUGACUCGGAUGAGCAGACAGGGAAAGCCCGUCUGGGCCGUCUCAUCCAGAGCUGGAACCGUUUCAUACUUGCACAGCUACAUCAGGAGACACUGGAGCAGGAGGGACCACAGGCGUACAGAGGAGCGAGCAGCAGUGCUCUGGGUUCUUCAGGGGAGUCUGUGAUUGGACGGUUGUUUGGCUGUGAAGUGGAGAACAGCAGUUUAUGUCGUUGUGGGAAGGAAACAGUUCGCUCCUCUUUGACUCUGCUGUUCACUAUGCACUACCCUGAGCAGAGAUCUCUUGAUAAGACGAUAGAGGAGCAUGAAUUUGCAGAGAUCCUGAAGAAGAGUAUUUGUCUGGAACAGAUCACGCAGGCCUGGUGUGACAACUGUGAGAAAUACCAGCCAACAGUGCAGACCCGAAACAUUCGCUGUCUGCCUGAUGUUCUGGUGAUAAACUGUGAGGUGAACAGUGCUAAGGAAGCAGAGUUCUGGAAAGCACAGACUGAGUAUGCAUUCAACAGAGCUCUGAAGAAAGAGGCAGCGGAACCUCCCAAACCAAAAGAGCCUCUUCCUUCAGAAUGGUGCUUAGAGGAUGAACUGUGUAGUGUGGAGGGCUUGACGUUUGACAUGCAAGCAGAGGACAUGAGACAUGUGUGGAUCCCUCUCAGUCUGAAGAUGUGCAUUAGUAAGACUCAAGGCCUGGAGGUCAGCAGCCUGUCUGAGGGAAAGGAGCUGACUGAAAGUGAAGAGGCAGAGGGGGCGUCUGUCUACGACCUGGUCGUCACGGUGUCGCAUAUCCAGGAUGCUCGGACCGGAGGAAACCUGGUGGCUCAUAUCAAAGUGGGCGAGACCUACCACCAGAGGAAAGAGGGAGUAACACACCAGCAGUGGUAUCUAUUCAAUGAUUUUCUGAUUGAGCCUAUUGACAAGGCAGAAUCAGCUCAGUUUGAUGUGAACUGGAAGGUUCCAGCUGUACUUUACUACACCAAGAGAAACUACAACGCCAAGUAUGACCUCCGCAUUAAAAAUCCCAUUGAGGCCAGCGUUCUGCUGACGGAGGCCUCAUUGGCACGGAAACAGAGGAAGAGUCAUGCCACCUUCAUACCCCUCAUGGUGAGCGAGAUGCCUCAGACUGGAGACCUUGUGGGACUGGACGCUGAGUUUGUUACGCUCAACCAGGAAGAGGCAGAACUGCGCAGUGAUGGGACCAAGUCCACCAUUAAACCCAGUCAGAUGUCUGUGGCUCGUAUCACCUGUGUGAGAGGCCAGGGAUCUAAUGAAGGAGUGCCAUUCAUUGAUGACUACAUCUCUACGCAAGAACAGGUGGUGGACUACCUGACCCAAUACUCUGGUAUCAAACCUGGGGACCUGGAUGCUAAGAUCUCUUCCAAACACUUGACAACACUGAAAUCAACAUAUCUCAAACUUCGCUUUCUUAUCGACACUGGCGUUCGCUUUGUUGGUCACGGUUUACAGAAGGAUUUCAGAGUAAUAAAUUUGAUGGUACUUUAUAUAUUCUGCUACAGUAUCACUGUCCAUUUCCUGUAUGCCUAAAGCACUUUGUAAUCCUUAUUUAGUAGGCCUACCUAAUUAAUAAAGCAUAUCAUUGCACAUAAUUAUAGGAUUAAAUACAUAUUAGGCCUGCUGUUGCGCUGCACUUAAGCAAAUAAAUGCAUGUACAAACAGUCGGCCCAUCGUAAUGUAGCAUAUACUGUCACAGAAAGCACAAACGUAAGCCAACUUAUAAACCUCAUUACAAAUUAUGUAAAACAGUAUUGUAUCUGGUGUUUUUUUAAGAAAGGGUCUAUAAUUUAUUAUUUCAUUAAUUGUAUUUUCACUAAGAUUCCUGUCUGCAAAAUGGUGCUUGAAGAGAUGGUGCUUCAGGUUUAAAGUGUUUCCUACCUAAGCUGACACUUUUUUUUUAACAAACCUUACAAAUUCUUGUAUUUGGUUCCCCCAAGCAAUCAGACUUUUGAACUCUUGAUCGCUCACGAUACAUAUAUCAGCACCGUGCUUUAUUAGCCUCAGACUGGACCCACAUUUUAUACUUCACUUAAUAACACACUGGCAACUAUCAGCGGACAGCUGAAUGUCAACACAACACUUCAUAUUUAUUUCCACUGAUUACAAUAUUUUUUAUUGUAUACAGUCUUUUUAUUUUGUGCAUACUGUAUAUUGUAUAUUAUUAGGUGUACAUUGUAUAUUGUGUUGUGUAACAGAUGUGUAAACUGUGUCAUGUUUAUUGUAAUUGUCAUACUGCUAUGUUGCUUGGAACCGUAUUAUUGCACUUGUGUAUAUGGUUGAGUGACAAUAAAGGGAUUUGAUUUGAUUUUGAUUUGAAAUUGGGUAACUGAGAAACAUUGAUUAUGCCUCAUGGGUAAAGUAGCAUACCAAUGUAUUCCCACACCGCUGACUUAAACCACUUUGGUAGGGUAAAUGAAGGUUCAGGCUCCGACGUGUCUGUGUGCUGCGCUAAUGUACGGAGAGACGGUUAAAUGUGAAAUGAGGAAGCUGCAAUUUAGAGAUUUAUUCGAUCACGUCAGGGUUAAAUUAUGCUGUGUAUGAAUGAAUGAAUGAAUGAAUGUUACAUUCACUGUAUAAAGUGCUUUUCUGACACUACACUCAAAGCGGUUUACAUAGUGAACAGGGGACUCUCUUCAACACUCACGCCAUCCUGGAUGUGUAUGAUUUUCUUUCUUCUGCAGAACACAAAUGAUAUUUUUUAGAAUAAAAUCUAAGCACUGUAGGCC